AUGGGCACUAACAAGGAACGAAUCAAACACUUGGAGUCCGGACUUGGUACAGUUCAAGAAGGACUUCAGCGGAUGGAGGAAGCUCUCACUAGACUCUCAAAUGUUUUGCUCACCAAUCCGGAAUCCUCAAAUCAUGGCCAUCACCACCGAGACAACCAAGAGGGAGGUAGACCGAUCGUUUCGUCAAAAUCAGCCAAGCUAGAAUUUCCACGCUUCUCUGGAGAAGACCCGACAGAGUGGUUCAACCGAGUGGAACAAUUUUUCGAAUACCAGGGCACUGCAGAAAACCAAAAGGUUUUCAUGGCUGCUUAUCAUCUAGAAGGGGAAGCCAACCAGUGGUGGCAGUGGCUUCGAAGAACGUUACAGGAAGAUGGACGAGCGAUUCCAUGGGAACAAUUCGAAGAGGAAUUAUGGGCUCGCUUUGGACCAUCAGGAUGUGAGGACUUUGAUGAAGCACUCUCAAGGAUCAGACAGCUAGGAACGUUGAGAGAUUAUCAACGUGAAUUUGAGAAGCUGGGCAACACGAUGCGUGGAUGGACGCAGAAGGCGUUGGUGGGAACAUUCAUGAAGGCGGAAAUUUCUGAUGGGGUCCGGAUGUUCAAACCGCAAUCCCUCAAGGAGGCUAUUAAUCUAGCACUUAUGAGAGAUGAGCAGCUCACAAGACAGCGGCGGUUCAUGCGACCACCACCUACAAGAGUUCCACUAGCUCUCCCACAAACCAAUCGGGUAGCUUCUGUUACCUCGUCAACUCCAUUCAGGCAUUUAUCAUGGGACGAGAUGCAGAAGAGAAGAGUGCAAGGUCUCUGUUUUAACUGCAAUGAACGAUUUACAACUGGGCAUAAAUGCCAAAAACCCCAGCUAUUACUCUUGGAGGGCUACGCGGACGCAGGUAAUGUGAUCUGUGAGGACAUCACUGAUCAACAUACGGUGGAAAUUGACCAAGGGGGAGACACGGGAGAAGUGCAAGAACCAGAACUGGAACCUGAAAUCAUGCUCCACGCAUUGACGGGAUGGACCACCCCAAGAACAAUGCGUAUAACUGCAACUAUGGGCUCCCGCGAAGUAAUGGUGCUGAUCGACAGUGGAUCCAUGCAUAACUUCAUCAGUGAUCGCUUGGCAAACUCACUGCGUCUACCAGUGGUGCCAACAGAACCGUUCAUCGUUCGAGUUGCUAAUGGCGAACAACUAACAUGUCAAGGACGAUUCAAUGAGGUAUUGGUGAAUUUACAAGGCAUUGAGUUUUACCUCACCCUUUUCUCUCUACCUUUAUCAGGUCUUGAUCUAGUGUUGGGCAUUCAAUGGUUGGAAAUGUUGGGUUCCGUGGUAUGUAAUUGGAAGAAGUUAACCAUGGACUUCAACUGGAAUAAGCAAGCCCGCAGAUUGCAAGGAUUGGACGAACAAGCUGUUCAAGAGGCUACAUUAAAAGAAAUGUCAAAAGAAUGCCGAAUGGGCCAUACGUUGUUUGCACUAUGCAUUCCGUCGACCACGAAGAAUAACUUACAAGGUGAAUUUUCUGAAGUCAAGCAUCAAGACUUGCAACGGGUUAUACAGGAAUACGAGGAUGUGUUCCAAGACCCCUCGUGUGUACCACCUAUGCGCGAAGUAGAUCAUUGCAUUACACUCAAAGAGGGCACCGAACCGAUUAACGUGCGCCCUACAGAUAUGCCCAUUUUCAGAAGGAAGAAACUGAAAGGCAGGUCCAAGAGAUGCUGGAUUCCGGGCAUAUUCGUGCUAGCACCAGUCCAUUUUCUUUGCCGGUACUUCUCGUAA